AAGGUCAAGAUUAGGGUGUUCGUAUUUAUCUCUUUCAGACUCCUGUAUGAGUAGCCACAUUGGUUAGACAAGCGUCACUCUCCAAACAGGAUGACCUGCUUUCAUUUGCUGCUGUUGGUUGCUGCCAUCUUGUCUGCUGUACAAGCUCGCCACAUCUGCCACCCAGCCAAUACCACAAUCUCAGCUGAAAAAGAUGAGUGUCCAUUCUGUAUCACUGUUCAAACCACUAUCUGCAGUGGAUAUUGUCAGACCAAGGAACCAGUAUACAAGAGUGCCCUCUCUUCUGUCUACCAGCAUGUCUGUACCUACAAGGAGAUGCGCUAUGAGAACAUUCUGCUGCCCAAUUGCCCUCCUGGUGUGGAUCCUUCUUUUACUUAUCCAGUAGCAGUCAGUUGUGAGUGCAACCUUUGCAAGAUGGACUACACAGAUUGUACAGUCCAGAGCAUUGGUGCAGACUUCUGUACUGCCACACGACUUCUCCUGUAGCCUUAGCCUGUAUGAUUAACUUAUAAAUAAAGUAUUCUAGUAUUAAAUUCUC